AGCUUGGUUUACCGCCACCAGAUGGCGUCCUUAUUACAACCUGUUUUGGAUUUCAGGCUGAUGAUAAACGACUUGGGGCAAAGGUUGAGGUUUUAUCGAUGGUGUAUCUAGUUGGAGUGAAAAAUCAGACAUUUUCCAUGCUUAAACAAACGAGAUACACCAUCGAGAAAACCUAUCGAUGGUGUGUCGAGUUGGAGGUUUUCUCGAUGGUGUAUCUCGUUUGCUUAAGCAUGGAAAAUGUCUGAUUUUUUACUUGUGUAUGUAUCUUUAAUAUUCAGUGUAAAUCUCAGGGGUGCAAUCUUGUGAUUUCAGAGGGAAAGAUAGGUUACCUGUCCAGUGGUAGAUUAUAUUUUGUAGGCUGUGAUGUAUGUAGUUGUGUCUACUGGUAGAUGAUAUGAGACGCCACAAUUAUGGUGUAUUCCGGUGUUACUUUGCAUCUUAUGUCUAGGGAUCUGCAUCCCCAUCGACCCCCACUUUUUGUAUUAUCCCCCGCCCCUAACGCGCUUCUCAACUCCCGUCUAUCUUUGUGUCAAUAAAACUCCAGUGGCGCAUCUCUGACCUCAGUCCCCCGUUCAAUUUGUAUAGUCUCCACGUCUCGUCUUGAGCAGUCAACGCUGUGAAGAAGGCAAUAGCUUUCCCCUGUUCUCGUAAUCAUGUUGUGGAAAUCACGGACGAAGGCAGAUCCAUACUGUAUCCAAAUGCCAGACCGCGCGGAUGGACUGUCAAGCUCCUCACCGAGUGGGCGACUCUCGCAGCUCUCUACACUGAACCAAGCAGCCUACUCGACGGCUCCUCCUCUGUGCCACACUCCUGCCUCUGACUUCCAGCCGCCCUAUUUCCCACCUCCGUAUCCCCAGUCUUCACUCUCCUAUUCCCAGAAUCAGGACUCUGGAUACCCACACUUACCGGAUCCGUACCAAUCAAUUAAUUCCCUACAUCAGCAUCAACAGGCUGCUUGGCACACUCAGCAGAGAACCCGGUCGGAAGAAGGAGCAUUGUUGUCUCAGUCUCAUCGGGCUCUGACCCUGGAUCCCCGACGGGAGUAUCCUGGAGUACCCCGGCUUCUCCAUGGAAUUGGGGAGGGCGCAGCCGCUCUUGGAGAUGGUCCGCUUGGAAUGCACGCGGUGGGUCAUCACGGUGUGGAAGACAUCCAGGGGAUGGAGGAAGCAUCAUCUCUGGGGAUCCUGGACCAUUCUGUUAUCAAGAAAGUUCCUGUCCCAUCGAAGUUGAAUGGCUCUUCUCUGUCUGUCCUCUCCUUCGGGAAGGAUGGCUUGGGCCUGGGAGGUGUGUCCAACCCCGGGGAGGUGUUCUGCUCUGUGCCCGGACGCCUGUCACUGCUCAGUUCCACCUCCAAGUACAAGGUGACGGUGGGAGAGGUCCAGAGGAGGCUGUCUCCACCCGAGUGCCUCAAUGCCUCGCUGCUAGGUGGAGUCCUGAGGAGAGCCAAGUCAAAGAACGGAGGACGCUGUCUGCGUGAGCGCCUGGAAAAGAUUGGCCUCAAUCUCCCCGCCGGGCGCCGCAAGGCAGCUAAUGUCACACUCCUCACAGCUCUGGUGGAAGGAGAGGCAGUCCACCUGGCACGGGACUUUGGUUAUGUGUGUGAGACGGAGUUCCCAGCCAGAGCCACUGCAGAAUACUUAUGCAGGCAGAGUGAUCCAGACCAGCUAUCCACAAGGCGUAGCAUGCUACUAGCCACCAAGGAGAUCUGCAAGGAGUUUGUUGAUCUGAUGUCCCAGGACAGGUCUCCGCUGGGUGCCAGCCGGCCCACCCCAUGCCUGGAGCCUGGGGUGCAAGGGAGCCUAACCCACUUCAGCCUCCUCACCCAUGGCUUUGGCACACCGGCCAUCUGCGCUGCGCUCUCUGCCUUUCAGAGCUACCUGCUGGAGGCCCUCAAACUGCUGGACAAAGGGGAAGGAGGCGGCAAGGGCCACCAGGAGAAGGAGCUGAAACAGCGCAAGUGAAGUACUGCCGUAUGCACACGGAGACUGGAAAACACAGACAGAGAGCGAACUCUUCCCCAGCCUUUAGGAGAGUGUGACUGUAUUUAUGUGUGUGUGUGUGUCUGUCUGUUUGAGUCUGACUUAGAAGCAGCACCCCUGCUGCUGAUGGGUUCAAUCUUCAGUCGUCCUCUGUGAUGUCUGAGCACGUGCCUGUAGGAGGCGUUGUCCUCUGGACAGAGACAAUGGCAGCUCAUUGUAUUCUCUGCACAGGGUCGUCCCAUUCCCCUCCUCCUGGACUCGAUCAAGGGAUGGCCAGAAGGAGUGCCCCCACUCAGAUCCUGAUUUGUUUGCUCUGGGAGAACUGAGUCAUGAGAACUGUAAUCAAGCAAAUAGAGUGACUGUCCACUACUGGGAAGGGA